CUGUUUUAGGUAUUAGUAGCCAUUUGGCAUCUGUUAUUCUAAUUUUAUCUUUUUGUACUAGUGUUUGGCUACAUUUUACGUUUYACUAAGUGUUCUUAUUUCAGCUCCUUCAUCGCUCAGAAAAGAAUUAUUUUUAAAUAUUUUUGUUUAUUUUUGAUCCAUUUCCUCCUCACUGUUGUCUUUAUCUUUCAUGUCAUCUGUAAUUGAUGUCCUUCUUGACUCAGCCUGGGCUCGAACACACGGCCUCAGAGUUGUGAGACCACAGCCCUGACCACCGAGGCCCUGGUAGACCGAGGGUCCUGAAUCAUUUCUGCCCACCAGAGGGCAGCGUGUGAUCACUAAAACUCAGUUAUUUAGGCUCACAGCUGGUUGUGCUUUCAUGCAGCUGUCUUCUUACCUUAUCAAUCAAAUAAUCAGAUAAUGGGCUGACUUUAUAGAUCGUAACUUCCUUCCUAGAAUUAACGCUGAUGUCUGCUGGGUUUUCGGGGAUUUCUGAGCUUUCAGUUUCCUUCAUGAAGGAACUGUUUCCUCAUAUUACAUGUGCCUCUUUAAUGAACAGCAUAUUGUUUUUAAAUAACAAUCAACAACCGUGAGAAGAGUUUUAGGGAAAAAAACAAACUGUUGGUAGGUUUCUGUCUUCUCUGUUGAUUCAUCCUUCAGACAGAGUUGUAAUGACUGAAACCCUCGCUGGUUUGUUUUAGUCUCGUCUCCUUUUUAUUUUUUUGUGAAAAUACACAAUCCAACCUCUAAAAGGCACCCAGACGCAGGACGGUCCACCACACGGCCCUGCCCUGCCGGAUCUCCAUCCCACGAAGUUCACACUGACUAUUUUUAGCCUGGCUCGUCUCAGGUGGCUCCCUGCCCGGACCUGGCAGGGUGACACCUUCGCAGCCRCCAGGUAAAAGUGGCGGCGGGUCGGUAAGACCCUCUGGAGGCUUGUCGAGGGGGCAGCAGUGUCUCUGCAGGCAGAGUCUGCCCGGGUAAAGUCUGCUCGCGUUCAGCCCUGCGGCCGUUAUUUUCAUUUCCUGGGCGGAGAGCUUCUCGCUCUAUUAGACGGCGAACAGGAACAAGAAAAACAGAGUUAGAGGAGAGAGAGAGAGAGAGAGGGUUAUCUGAGCUCAGAGCUCCCCACAGAUCACUCUGUGAGCAGCAAGCUGUGGCAGGCAGCAGGGGAAAGCCAAGCAGCAGGAAAAGGUUGCAGGCAGGGAGCUGUGUCAGAGGAGACGCCAGGGGAGAAGGUGUGAAGGCAGGAAAGAGGUGAAACCCAUGGAUGGAUAGAAGAGAAGGAGGACAGACGUGAGUCUGGAUGGUACUCUGGUGUAAAGAGGUGUGUCUGACUUCUAAUAACUUUUCCCCCAACAAGGACAGAGUUCCCUUGAGAACUGGACCUUUAAACGUCUGCUAUCAGGCUUGUUUUAGCCUCAUCGUAUCAUAGCCUCGGCACACAGACAGAUAUCCUGUUGUUACCAUGUUUGAGACGGAUAGAGAGGCAGCUGGUGGAACGACCAGGACGUGUUGAAAGAGAUCACCAUAUUCUCUGUAGAAAAGAGGUAGUGAAAGCUGAAAGCAGAGCAUGUUUGUCACUAGCUUAACCGUCGGCGUGUAGGUGUAUUUUUAAUUCCUUCUUCGUCUUCUCCUCAUCUCGCAUAUCUCCAAUCAACAGUUUGACCUGUCCAGAGCAGYCCUGAAUGGUCUCUGGUGGUACGUUUGGGUCAGCGGGGACAGGAAGCAGCGACAGGUUGACGGCCUCGGGCGUAGAAAGUAAGUGGUUUGGKUUUCUGCCAACACCAGUUAUCAUUUUGCUGAUUGGACUCCGGUUCUGCUCACGUUUGUUCUGGUCGCCUCCGGGGAGGUGUAAUGAGAGACUGGUGGUCUGAUCCAGGGCUGAGCGGACACGUGGAGGCGUAUAAACGGGCUCUGAGUAAGACGGGCUUGCUUUAAAGUUGCAGGUGGAGGCUUGUGGCUGAGAAGGACUGUGUGAAUGUUGUAACAACGUUGGUGGACRGUGAAUUAGCUCUGCGGGGAUUCUGCAGCUUUCUUCUGGACUGACUUCACAGUGUUGGACGUUGGUGUUCUCCUGAGUUUGGGUAGUCUCUGCCUGCUUCWACGCAAACAGGACAGGAGUCGGGCGGUUUUCACGACAACUGUGGYGCCUGUCGUUGUGAGUUUUCUGGACUCUCCACACUGCUGUAAUUGUUGUGUUGUGUGCAAACACCUUGCGUCAGUCACACCUCUCCACGGAGUGAUUCACCGGCUCCCCAAGCAUCCCCGGCUGGAGGCAGGCAGGGAAAGAAAAAGGGAAGCGAGAACUCCCCGAGAGUCAGAAUGGACCUUAGAGUGAAAGCUGUGGCCAUGAGGUUUGGGUUUGUGCUGCUGGUGGCCGCGCAGAUGCUGGACACGAUGAGCGGUAUGUCCACGUGUAAGACUCUGGACCAAGAGAUAGUUCGGCAGAAGCGCAUCGAGGCCAUCAGGAGCCAGAUCCUCAGCAAGCUUCGCCUGCCAAAAGCACCUGAAGCAAAUGAGACCGGAGACAAGGAGGAGAUCCCCACCUCUCUGCUGUCGCUCUACAACAGCACCAAGGACAUGCUGAAGGAGCAACAGAUCGAGGUCCAGAGCACCAUCUCCCCCGAGCAGGAGGAGGAGGAGUACUUCGCCAAGGUUCUGAACAAGUUCAACAUGACCACCACAAAUCUCACAGACAGCUCCAAAAUCAUGUUCUUCAACAUGUCGGAGGUGCGGCGCAGCGUGGGGGACGCGGCCCUGCUGACGAGCGCCGAGCUGCGGAUGCUCAUCAAGAACACGCGGGUACGGGAGGAGCAGCGGGUGGAGCUGUACUACAGCUCCGGAGGCUCGCCUCGGUACCACGCCUCCCGCUUCAUCACCAACUCGAUGAAAGAAAAAUGGCUGUCCUUUGAUGUGACUGAACCCCUGCAGCACUGGCUGCAGCAGACAGAGGAGGAGCAGAGCUUCCAGCUGCGUGUGUUCUGUGAGUGCGGCCAGCCCGGCAGCAUCUUCAGUUUUUCCAUCUCCGGCACGGAUCAUAUCCGCGGCGACACGGCGACCAUGCGGCAGAGGUCGGAGCAGCCGCCCUACGUCCUGACCAUGUCCAUCCCCCAGAACAUGAGCGCCCGCCUCACCUCGCGCACGAAACGCUCCACUGCCGCACAGGAGACCUGCACAGCACAAACGGAGACCUGCUGCGUGCGGAGCUUGUACAUCGACUUCAGGAAAGACCUAGGCUGGAAGUGGAUCCACAAGCCCACAGGCUACCACGCCAACUACUGCAUGGGCUCGUGCACCUACAUCUGGAACGCUGAAAACAAAUAUUCUCAGAUCAUGGCKCUCUACAAGCAUCACAACCCGGGAGCGUCGGCCCAGCCGUGCUGCGUCCCCCAGGCUCUGGAGCCGCUGCCCAUCCUGUACUACGUGGGCCGACAGCACAGGGUGGACCAGCUGUCCAACAUGAUCGUGAAGUCCUGCAGGUGUGGCUAAAAAGGACGACGAAGCCCCCCCUCCCCGAGCCGCCUCCUCUGAUGGAAGCAGUUGUUUCUGACGCUGCGAAGAGGAGUGAGUGAUGAAGAAAAACACACCGGGACAAAAACAGACGUUCAGCUUUUCUCCUGCGACUGAUCACACGGGAUGAAAUCCACCAAGUGGUCAUUCUGUACAUAAACCCYGCCCCCUUUUUGUUUUUUUGCAUAUGUCUGCCAUGAAAUAAUUUAAUUUAUUUGUUCAAUGGACAGACAGAGUGAAACUGUGUCGGUUUGACACAGGAAAAAUUAACUUUUUUUUGUUAAAAAAAAGGGACAAAACAGCAAAAUAAAAGCUCCCAGAGGAGCUGAGAGAAAACCCUUCAGUCUCAGGUGGAGAGCUGUGGUCAUGUCGGGGUUUUCCUGGAGAAAAAGGAUGCAGGUGAUGUGUUCAGGUUACAUCGUAAAAAACAAAAACCCCCUCAGAGGGAAUGUCCACGCUGGAGCGGACCUGUCCUUUCAUUUCUUUUUAUGUAAACACUUCCUGUCUGUUAACCUGCUAAAACACCAGGAAGCUGCUUUGUCAACAGGUUAACAUUAAAACACAAACAUUUAUUCUUCUCACCGUCACAAACCACCGUCUCAACAGGAACGCUUUCAUUUUAACUCAUUUAAUUCGACAACUCACAUUAACAAUAACGUUUUUAAAAGUUUUCAUAUUUUUAUAG